UAAAGAACGGCCUGGCCGAAUUGCUAGCUUUGAUGUUCAUGACGACAGUUCAUCCGAUAAAUUCAUUCCUUCACUGAAUGUAAACAGUGUGAUAAGAAAAUCAAGGUUACGUGUCACUCCACUCCCUUGUGCAGACAAACGCGUUGCACCGUUGCUAUUGGUUUCUGGCUCGGUAGUGUGAUCAAGUAAGUUUGCUAAAAAGCACCGACCAACCGACUGCCGUAGCGCUUUCCUUCCGGUAAUAUCCACAAAUGGCACAGGACAAACAGGACCAACCGUCGGCUGCCGUGAAGGCGUACCUUGCGCUGUACAACACGGCCCAAUUUGGCGGCUGGACGUACAUUUUCGUGCAGUUCAUGCAGCACUUCUUCGUGCACGGCCAGUCGCUCGAUACGCUGUGGAGCCGUGUCGGACCGGCGACCUUCUUCUUUCAAAUGCUGGCCAUACUGGAGGUGGUGCACGCGAUGGCCGGUAUCGUCCCAAGCAACGUGUCGAUGACGUUCCUGCAAGUGUUUGGCCGCUCCAUGAUCGUAGCGGCUGCGAUCGAAGGUACUCCGACCGGGCAACGAUCGCCGGGUCUUCCGCUAGCCGUAUUCUGCUGGAGCUUGACCGAAAUCUUCCGGUACAGCUAUUAUGUGGCCCAUCUGUUGCUUCCGAGCGUGCCAUCACCGCUCGUGUGGAUCCGGUACACGAUUUUCAUUCCGAUGUACCCGUGCGGAUUUCUGGGUGAGCUGCUGUGCAGCUACUGGGCCCAAAGCUACAUCCGCGAGACGGGCAAGUGGAGUGUGGAGCUACCCAAUCGGUUCAACUUUAGUUUCUCCUUCUAUUACUUUAUGUGGAUUAUGGCCAUCUGCUAUAUGCCGCUAUUUCCACAAAUGUACCUACACAUGUUUGCCCAGCGGCGAAAGGUGCUUGGCCGUGGAGCUGGCCAACAGAAAGCGGCUAAAGCACACUAAAGUUGCAGAGCAGCACAUUCGGACGACAUUUAAGUUAGUACGAUUUUUUAUUGUUCGUUCAACGACCCACGCCCAAAAUUGCACACGUGCUUACGGUUCCUUACAAUCACCAGGAAAUGGAAUGAAAGAAUAAAAAAAACUAAAGCUUAAAGUAAUCAACGAAUAA